AUGGUAACGCGGACCUCGCCAAAUACGCCUCUGCAUAUAUACUACCAUCAGAGCCACGAGAACCUCAAAGUCGUGGACGGAAAUUCAAAUACCACUCUAUACAUUAUCAACCGGUCACUGACCGAACCGCACCUCACUAUUCUCCAUGCUUCUUCGGGAUCGGGCAAACCCACAGACAUGGCAGGGACUGUCUCAAUGGAUGAUGAACCGACCGAUAUCAGUUUAUGCUUCCCUGACCGAGAGUUCAAGAUGACGCUACAUGAUCGAAAAGCAGAUGUUCACUGGGUUGCUGGUCCCGGCAUCAAAUGGAAGUGGAAACAUCAGUACAAAAAGAACGAGGAUCUUGAGGCAAUUGAUAUGGCAACUGGCAGAUGGCUUGCGAAAUUUGAGAUCGCAUCAUCAGAAUUCGAUAAGAAAGGGACGAUCGUUCUCUCAGAAUUCAUGCUAUUGGGGCAGUCAGAAUUGGACGUCCUAGUUGUCACUGCUCUAGCAAGAAAUGAGUAUGAUCGUAGAGUGCGGAAAAAGAAUCGGGAAGGGGUGGUCCACUUGGGUCUGAAAUUGGAGGACAUGUGUUAGGGAAAUUGCUCACAU